CAAAACACAAGCAGAAGACAACUCCGGCAGAGUUCACCACAACUUUCGUGCCGGGAUCUGGAAGCGAAGACGCCCCCCCAACACCCACCAUACACACACGGAUGCCCGCCGAAGACCCCCAGCUUCCUCCUCCAAACAGGGGCCCCUCCGGUCAGUGACACCACGAUGGGACUCUGUGCGUCUCUCCUGCGGGUGUGAGCGGGUGUGCGUGGCACACACAAGCGGAGACUGGUGAGGAGGUUGCUGGGGUUGAGGAGGAGCAAGGACGGAUUGUAGAGUUUGGCGAGGGGUCCGAGACUUUUGGGGGAACCGAGGGGAAGUGUGCAAGGAACGUUUUGACCCCUGGCACCAUCAUCCACUCCCUUUGCACACCAUGCUGUGGAACAUCUGUCUUCUGGUCCUGCCAAUCUCUGGUCUGCUGGCCCGAGUGUUGGAGACCCCGAGCAGCGUGACGGCGGUGUUUGGCAAAGACGUGGUCCUGCCCUGUGGCUACCAGGCCACGCAGGGCGAGACGGUGCUGCAGGUCACCUGGUUGAAGCGAGGAGACGGCGGGAAGAGCACGGAGCUGGCGGUCCUGAAUUCGCAGCACGGGGUCCACAUCCAGGAUGCCUACGCUGGCCGGGUGCUGCGGCAGGCGCAGGGGUCCCUGGUCAACAGCUCCAUCCUGCUGAAGAACGCGGUGCAGGCUGAUGAGGGCGCCUACGAAUGCCACCUCAUCACCUUCCCCCAGGGCAACUUCAAGUCCCACCUGGCCCUCAAGGUUCUAGUGCCCCCGUUGCCGAUUCUGAACCUGGGGCCUCCGCUGGAGGAAGGGCAGGGCCGCACGUUGGCCGCCUCCUGCACAGCCGAAGGGAACCCGGUCCCCACCGUCACCUGGGAGACCGAAAUCCGCGGCGUAUCCAACACCCAGGAAUCCUCGCAUUCCCGCUCAGCCUCGGUCACCAGCGAAUUCUACGUGGUCCCUGGGCGCAGCAUGAACGGCAAGCCCUUGACCUGCGUGGUUUCGCACCCGGGACUGCAGCACCUGAAGAGGAUCACUCACACCCUCAGUGUGGCCUACCUGUCCGAUGCCUCCAUCCUGGGUCACGAGGCAGAGCAGGACUGGACGGAAGGCCAGGAAGGGGCUUCCUUGAAGUGCCUCGGAGAUGGGAACCCACCACCGAUCUACAACUGGUCUCGGCUCAACGAGCCCCUUCCCAGGGGAGUGAGGAUCAAAGGGGACACCUUGCUCUUCCAGAGACCCCUCAAAACUGGAGACAAAGGGAUUUACGUCUGCCGAGUCUCCAACAGCUUUGCAGCCAAGGAAGUGAGGGCUGCGGUGGGCAUCAAAGGACUCCCAGAGACGCAGGUGGACGUGGUCUCCAUCUCCAUGAUCGGGGUGGGCAUCAUUUCAGUGGUCUUGCUCUGCCUUCUGAUCCUGGUGAUCAUCCUCAUGACUUGCUACCACAAGCGGAAAACCAGGCGCAUCACCAAAAAAUAUGAGGAAGAACUGACUUUGACCCGGGAAAAUUCGAUCCGGCGCCUGCAUUCGAGCCACAGCACGGAAACCCGGCAUCAGAUCGAAGAAAACCUUCCGCUGAGGUCGGAGAGCCGGCAAGGGAGUUUCCGCGGGGACAGCCUGUGCCGGGAAAGCCUCCGAGCGGAUAGCCUCUGCCGGGACAGCAGGCAGGGCAGCUUCCGCACAGACAGCUUCCGGGAAACCAGCCUCUGCUCGGUGAUGGGAGAAGACGCCGAGGGACGCAGCUACUCAACCUUGUCAACCGUCCGGGAAAUUGAGACCCAGACCGAGCUCCCCCCACCGCCCCCAACCCCUGUCCCAGAAGAUCAGACGGAGGAGAAUGAGAAGGAGAAAGAGAAAGCGAAGGAAGACGAGGAAGAGCGGAAUGACGAAAACAAUAUCAAGCAAGCAAUGACUCACUUUGUCCAAGAGAAUGGCACCCUCCGAGCGAAGCCCACCUCCAACGGCAUCUACAUCAACGGACGGGGACACUUGGUCUGACGCUCAUCCCCCUCUCUGCCAGAUGCCCAGAUCCAAGCCAGCUCUGAGCCCCCAUCCCUAACUGCUUACUGGUGCCUCUUUUUGGGGAGGGGGGCCCAAAGACCUCUAGAGACUCAGGUCCUCUCCUUCUGAGCCACCCGACCGCAGGCUGUCCACCUUCUCCUGAAGGUCCCAAGACUUCUUCCCAAGACUUUGGCCAACGUUAGAAGCCCAACUUCUCCUCCAACGUGAAGAUGCUCAGAAGCCAGUUCAGUUUCUUCCCCACCUGGCAUGGGCUGCCUCUUUGUGUGGAUUCAUUUUGGAGUCUUUUCUUUUGGCCAGGGAUGAUUUAGGGUUGGGUGGGAUGGACAAAACGUUGGAGAAGCAGAAGCGAAGAUGCUUCGGGUCUCUUCAAGUGACUCGGCUGGGCUCAAGAGGGGCAAACUCAUAGAAACUCUUGCAUCUUUUAUCGUAAUUAUUCUCCUUUACUGUUGUCGUCGAUGGUUCAGAUGGCCCUUGGUCCAUCUUGGGCUAAAGGUUUUCCCACGGGCAAACUGUGGCUGUUAAAAAGAUGAGCUCCAUUUUAAUUAUUAUUUUUUAUUUGUAUUAUUAAUUACGAACCGGGCAAGGAAUAUUUCCACUGUAAGCUUCAAAGACUUUCCAGAAACUGCUGAAGAAAAUCUCUGGAGACAUACAAACUCCCCAAAAGAAGUCCUGUUUCCAGACCUUCUACUGAGUCAACGAUAUUGAAUAACGUGCUUCUGCUCGCCCCGAUGAAGUGCAUCAUGGGUCCAGUGGUUCUCCAACUCCUAAAGCUGUUUCUCAACCUGGGUAGCUUGAAGAUGGGUAGACUUCAACUCCCAGAAUCCCCCAGCCAGCAGCGCUGGCUGGGGGAUUCUGGGAGUUGAAGUCCACCCAUCUUCAAGCUUCCAAGGUUGAGAAACACUGGUUUAGAGAGUCCAAUAAAUGUCCAAGCAGUGUUGUCCCACCAUUGGGGACCAAGAAGGCUGGGCCACCCUAUCACCAGUGAACUUCAAGUCCCCCCAUCUCAUGUCUUUAAUUUGUAUUUCUUAGCAUGCUGUAACUAUGAAUAUUUCUAGAGCUAACCAACAACUAUGGAAAUACGUAUGCGUGAUAAGUGUGCGACCCUGAGGACAGAUUUUGUGAGGGAGUCUGCAUUUUGACCAGUGGCUUCUCAAUCUCAGCAACGGGAAAUAAGGUGGACUUCAACUCCCAGAAUUCCCCAGCCAUUAUGAGAGUUCAAGUGCACACCUCUUAAAGCCGGGUGCUGAGGGAUUCUGGGAUUUGAAGUCCGCCCAUUUGCUAUUGAAUUUGAAGUCUAUCUUAACAAAUUUAAGACUUGUGAACUUGUGAGCAAAUUUAGCAAUAUCUUAGCAAAUUUAAGAUUUGUGAGCAAAUUUAAGACUUGUGAGCAAAUUUAAGACUUGUGACUCCCAAAAUCCCCUAGCCAGCAUGCUUUAAGAGGAGUAGACUUCGACUCCCAGAAUUCCCCAGCAUAGCUUGGGAAUUCUGGGAAUCGAAGUCCACCCAUUCUUAAGCCAAGGUUGAGAAACACGGAUUUUGAGUUUUAGGGGGAAUUGCAAAACUGCUUCAAGUUCUCUUUGGAGAAAGUUUCUUAAACAUCGACCCUUCUCUGAUAAGUAUAUUUUAAAUCUUCUUGUGCCUACUACACCUCAUUUUUUCAUAUUUGCAAAGAGUUGCAACUGGGCUGAGCAGCUGCCUCCUUUACAAAACUUUCUGUCCCAAAGUGGGGGUGAAGUCACCCACAAUAUCUGGGGUGGGGCGCAGGAGUGGGAUUCAAAAAUUUUAACCACCAGUUCUCUGCCCGGUGGCUGGUUGGGCGCGGCCAUGGUGGGCGUGGCCUACUCAGCCUCCUGCACCACGGGGGGGGGGGGUGGCAUUUUCGCCCUCCCCAAGCUCCU